ACCAGGUUUUUAGAAAAAAUGAAAUGAUAAAAGUCUAAAACACCCGGUUUGAAAAAUGAAUUUGAUGAUGCUCCAAGAAAGGUAUUUUCCUCAGUACACAGCUGCUGGAUAUGGAGGCUGAUUUCUUCAGGGUUUUUUUUUCUAGGACCAAAAGGGACUCACACUUAAGAACAAAACUGGAUCUUUCUUGUGAUUUUUUUCCCAGACACUGGGUGCUGUUUUGUAACUUUAUUACGUGUGUAAUAUGUCAAAGGUUGUAUUUUACCCUUUUAGGUGCACGUCAGGUGUAAGUAUUCACAUGUUAUUUGUUUUGUAUUCGAGUGAAUUGAAGGCUACAUCAUUUGUCAAAACACUUCUUUGUACAGUACUAUAAUUAGGGCAUACAAAGGUAAUAAAGUGCCAGCAUUUGUCAUUUUAUUGCAGUACAGAAGGUCAGUCACUGACCUAUAUAUAGACUGUUAAGGCUUUCAAGGUUUGAGAUUCUGCUGAUUCUUGUAGUACUAGCAAGACAGUCAUUUUCGUAUCCUACCCCCAUGAUCAUUGUAAAGCAGUAUAGUGGUCUCACAGAUAUAGUUGUGUAUAAUUUCAGUUUGGAAAGAAUAAAAAAAAAUCAGCUAAAUAGUCGGCACCAAUGCCUUUUCAAAAAGUCUGUUUCAUUUGAGCUACUCUUUUGUGAUUUUUGUUUUUCAGAAAUAAUUGGGAGAUUUCAGUACGACUAUAACUUGUCCUCUAGUGCAGUCAUGCUUGAUGUAAAAGUGCUGUCAAAACAGAAUGCCAAAACACCAGAGCUUGCCUUCCCGUUAAAAGUGCUAGAGAAUCUGGGUGACGUUCACAUUUGAGAGAAAUGUAAAAAAAAAUCUAAAUGGACAAUAUAUUAACUUGAGCAGAUCAAUACACCUUGAAACGUAAUUUUAUUUUAGACAUGCCAAACGUUGCACAUGACUGGUCACGUGACAAUACAAUUUAGCACAUCACUAGACUGGUUCUCCAUCCCCCCAUUGUCUUUCGGACAAUAAAAGUAGGGACGGGAACCAGUCUGUCGCAUCACGCGGGACCUCCAGCUACGUAAGCUGCAAGAUCAAGGGCAAAUAAAUGACGAAGAUGCUGCACUUAAUCUUGUUGGUGGCGUUAUGUGCGUUAAGUGCACAGGCGUUGAACAAUGGCCUGGCAAGGACGCCCCCUAUGGGUUGGAUGACAUGGGAACGAUUCCGCUGUAAUAUCAAUUGUGCUCAAGAUCCUGAUAAUUGUAUCAGUGAGAAUCUGAUGAAAGUAAUGGCAGAUCACCUGGUAUCUGAUGGCUACAAGGACGUUGGAUAUGAGUACGUCAACGUUGAUGAUUGUUGGCCAGCUAAGGAGCGAGAUGCACAGGGGAGAUUGCAGGGCGACCCUGAGCGUUUCCCUAGCGGAAUUAAAGCUCUGGCUGAUUAUAUACACAGCAAAGGCUUGCGAUUUGGAAUCUAUGAGGACUACGGCACUAAGACCUGUGGUGGAUACCCAGGAAGCUUGGGACAUCUACAGACUGACGCUCAGACCUUCGCUGAUUGGGGAGUCGAUAUGCUGAAACUGGAUGGAUGUUACUCAAACGUCACAAUGAUGAAGAAAGGUUAUCCACAGAUGUCUAACUACCUGAAUGCAACAGGGCGGCCCAUACUAUUCUCAUGCAGUUGGCCCGACUAUGAACGAGGAGCAAAAAUUCCGAUUAACUACACCAUGGUUGCUGAAUACUGCAACAUUUGGAGGAACUACAUUGACAUACAAGACUCCUGGGACUAUGUUCUUAAAAUCAUCGAUUAUUACGCCGAGAAUCAAGACGUACUAUCCAAUGUCUCUGCUCCUGGUAGCUUCAAUGACCCGGAUAUGUUAAUUCUUGGUGACUUUGCAUUGAGUUUGUACCAAGCUAAAGCGCAGUUUGCAAUGUGGGCUGUUAUGGCCGCUCCACUACUCAUGUCCAAUGACCUUCGAACUAUUGACCCGCGUUACCGUGACAUCCUACAGAACAAGCAGGUCAUUAAGGUCAACCAGGACCCGCUAGGCAUCAUGGGAAAGCGAAUCUUACAGUUGGCAAAUGGCAUUGAGAUCUGGCUCCGGCCUCUCGUGAGCCAAUCCUAUGCCAUGGUGAUCCUCAGCAGGAAUGACCGUCAACCAAUCCGAUUUAACACCAGCCUGCAAGCUAUGGGUCUGUACAGGAGCGAUGGAUACGACUUGACGGAAUUGUGGGAAGGUACACCGCUAGGACGAUUCAAACCGUACGAUCUAUUGCCCUUAUCUGUCAACCCAAAUUCAGCCGAGAUAAUAAGGUUAACACCAUAAAUUGAAUGCUGACAGAUUUCUAACUGGCUUAAAUGGGUUCCGUGCAGUGGCACAGCCCUGUAAGAAACAAUAAGCCUAAUAAUCUACUUUCAAAAGUCUGCAGCUCAAACAGUACAUUCAGUUCAUAUAAUAUAGAGGCAGAGAAAUUAGGUACGAGGGGAAUGGGGCAAUAUGUCCUUGUUGUACUACCGAGUCCUGUUCAUAUUUCAUGCCAAUUUUAUAUCAAAAAACAAGUUUUAUGACAUGAAUGAUUGCUAAUUUUGUGUGCUGUCAACAUCUCUCCAAUGAAUUGCUGAAGAUUUAGCACAUUUUCUAUUUUGUGUUAUGCUGAAAUUUAGGUUUUUGAUUUUUGGUUUAAAAGGAGGUUUGUAAAUAUUCUUUGCAAUCAAUUGUAAUGUACAAUUUUGUGUUGUUAGAGUUACAUGUGUGUCUAUAUGUGUUCUCCCUUAGUAAACUUGGAUAGUUGGUAGGCAUAUAUUUUCUUAUAUGUUGCAUCCUUUGUCUUGGAUAGACAAAAAGCAAUGCAUUGGAAUGCAAGCUUAAGAAUGGAAUAUUGAACACGCUGUUCAACAUUGAACACUUGUGAUUUUUGCAUUUAUAGCUGUAUGUGCCUUUUGUGUGGCAAAUUUGAAGUGUAUUAUCUAUUCUUGAUAAUACUCUGUGAAAAAAAUGUCGAUAAAAUAAUAUAGGCCAUUCUUUUUUAUCGUGAAAGUGAAAAGAAUUGAAUAGAAUAGAAUAUUCGUUUGGAUUUAUUUCUUGCAGAUUUAUCUGUUUAAAAAUCUGCCUGUAUAAUGAUACAUGUUCAAGAAACAAUCAGAAUAUUUGAAGUUUUGAUAAAUACUUGUAAUUUUAUUGAUUUUCACCUCUUGAAAUACUUUUCUAAACACUGGUUUCAACUUUUAAUAGUACUUGUACAAUUUAAUAAAAAAAUUAUAUCAUUGUUA